GCCAUUCUCUGAAUGCAGAGUAGCUGUAAUAGUAUGUUUUAAAGCAAGUUUGUUUUCUAGGUGAGAAGCUUUGACACUUUGAGUGUUAGAAAAAAGGUACUUGUGCUCAUUUGUGAUUUAAAAAACAACACUGCCUCAUGUAAUGGAAAACUGGAGUUUCUGUUGAAGAAACUGUGUAACUCUCCAGCUGCUUGAAGGGAAAAAUGUUCAUCAUAACUCAAAGAAGGAAAACAGCUGCACAUGUUCUUGAAAUAAGCUCAGAACUCCCCAAUGGCAAAAUAAUGAAGGAACAAAUGAAAGAAAAAUAUUCUAUCAUCCUUAAAAAUGUCUGUUCUUUGAUAGGGGAGCAGUCCUCUCCUAAAGAGGCUGAGUGUGCUAACUACUGUCAGUUGGUAAUUGGUAUGCAAACUUAUGUAUAAAGUUGAGAAAUUGACAUAUUCAAAAUAGUUUUCUCUCUCCAGUACAGUGCUUGCUUUGGCAGUUCAUUUUAUAAUUCACUGCAUUUUUCACCAUCAGUAACUGGAACCUGGGACCAUCCUGUUUUUCCAGUAACAACAUUCCUUGUCACUGAAAGUAAAAUUUAACAGCAGCCUUUAUUACGCUCACUUGGUAAUUUGCCUACAACCAAUAUUUUGACCAUUUGUGCUCCAUGUUUGCUGCAUUCUAGUCUUGAAGAGUCAUCAUGACCACUGAGAGGGAGACAAACACAGCAUGUACUGAGUUAAAGUUUGUUUCCUUGUCUUACUCAGCGGUAUACUGGCAGCUUCAUAAAAGCUGGAUGGAAAAUUUUCCUGCUCACAUGUACCUCAGAUCCCAGUCUAGCAGACAGCACUCUCUUCUCUCACCAAGACACCAUGAUGCAAUUAAGGACUUUAAUUUUCACAUCUGUUAUGCUCCCGUGGAUACUGUCUUCUGCAGCAAAAGAUGAAUACAUGGAAGCAAGGAGACCUGAGAGAGCUAUUACGGACGUUUCUGACUAUGACCUCCCUGAAACCUCAGACACUGGCCCAGCAUCUCCAAAAGCUGAAGAGCUGCCAACAUGUCUACUGUGUGUUUGCCUGAGUGGAUCUGUUUACUGUGAGGAGGUGAAUCCUGACAUGACAGUUGUCCCAGCACUGCCAAAGGAAACAGCAUACCUCUACGCACGUUUCAACAAAAUCGCAAAAAUACGCAAUCGUGACUUUGCAGACAUGGCCACGUUAAGAAGAAUCGACCUGAGUGGGAAUCUCAUUUCUGAGAUAGAAGAUGGAGCUUUUUCCAAACUUCCCAAUCUUGAGGAGCUCACUCUUGCGGAAAACAGACUGACUAAACUUCCUACACUUCCCACCAAGCUAGUCUUAUUCAAUGCCAAUUUCAACAACCUUAAAACCCAGGGUGUAAAGGCGACCGCUUUUAAAAAACUCACAAGACUGGCAUAUCUUUACCUCGGAAACAAUGAACUGACAGCAGUGCCCCACCUUCCAGAGUCUCUUCAUGUUGUGCACCUGCAUAACAACAAGAUCUCAGCAAUAACAGACGAGACGUUCUGCAAAGGCAACACCAGUUACUACAUCCGGCACAACUUGUACCAGGUGAGACUGGAUGGGAACCCCGUCAAGCUGUCGCAGUUCCCUUACAGCUUCGUCUGUCUGGAGACUCUCCCUGUCGGAUGGUACAACUGAAAUUACCAAAGCAUGCUUUUGACAGAGGUAAACCUUGGGGGGGUGGCAGGGAGCUCUGUGUAUACUGAAGGCUGCAGAUACACACAGAGUAAAACUACCAUUUACAAAAUACUGUUCUUAAGUUACAUUUUAUAUACUCAAAUCUACCAUACAGUUCAAGACAAGGCAACAGUUUUCUUAAAAGAAUUAGGUAUCAGGUUUAGACACGGAGAAGAGAGAGCUUGUGUUUUUUGUUUCUUAUCAGCGCAAUCUGCCAGUGUGAGACACAUCUGUGCAAAAUCAUCCAGGAUGUCUUUAAAUACAGAGGCUCUUUUUGCAUUUUUUUUCUUUACUUACAAUUUGGCUGAGACUGUUCUGUCUUGGCAGGUGCUAUGCAAUGUUUUCAACAUAACAGAUGGACAGAUUCGCUGUCAAAUCAGUGCUGAGACUCGGGUGUGGUUAUCAUGAACAAAGGAGACCAAUAUUGUGAUAUUUUUUUCAGCCUUCAUCUCACACCGUUUGUAUUAUUACUGCUGUGUUGCUAACAUUUCUUAAACCAAAGACCAUAUAAACAAUAAAAGAUGCAUGUUGGAAGAGAUUUUUCAA